AUGGAAGAAGUGGAGCUGCAGCCGUGCUGCGACUACGGCGACGACAACGAUGGGCUCGCUUUCGCAGACAAGGAAGAGGAGGAACCGUCAACGGCGACGGCACUCGGCGCCGCGGCGCGCGCGGCGGUGGGCGUGGGCGCCCGCGUGCUCUUCUACCCAACCCUCGCCUACAACCUGGCCCGGAACCACAUCUCGCCGUCCCGCUUCCACUGGUGGGACCGCGUCGACUCCACGCACAUCCUGCUCGGCGCCGUCCCGUUCCCGAGCGACGUCCCGCGGCUCCGCGACCUCGGCGUCCGCGCCGUCGUGACGCUCACCGAGCCCUACGAGCGGCUCGUCCCGGCGACGCUCUACGCCGACCACGGCAUGGACAACCUGGUGCUGCCCACCAGGGACUACCUCUAUGCGCCGUCGCCCGACGACCUCCGCCGCGCCGUCGACUUCAUCCACCGCAAGGCCAAUGGCGGGGGGUUGACGUACGUGCAUUGCAAGGCUGGGAGGGCGCGGAGCGCCACGGUGGUGAUGUGCUACCUGGUGCGGUACAAGGGGAUGACGCCGGCCGGGGCGUACAAGCAUGUCAGGUCGUGCCGGCCCAGGGUGUCGCUGGCCGACGCGCAGUGGCAAGCGGUGCAGGAGUUCUCUACCGGCUUAGCUAAAUAG